AUGAACAUUAGGAAACGUAACUUCGUUGAACCAAAACAAGAAGAGUUUGCUGCCGAGGCACAAAAUUGCGUGGCCCCGCCAGUCUCCGACAGUGCGGUCUGUCGUAUUCAGUGCAAGUUUCCGGAUGGUUCAGCACUGGUGCAUCAGUUCUCUGCAUCUGCUCCACUUUCUGAGCUCAUCGAAUUACUCAAAAAAGAUGGGCGUCAUGGCGAGGAUUUCUCUUUGGUGCAAAUGUAUCCAAGGCAAACACUUUCUGAUGCCACAAAAACAUUUGCAGAAUUGGGUUUGGUGCCGUCUGCGACAGUCCUUGUAGUUUCGCGCACUAUGGCGCUCACAUUCGGUGGUUCAAGAUGGAUCGAAUUUCUCCAUUAUGCAAUCAUUGCUCCAUUCCAAGCUUUAUAUCGUAUAUUGCUUUAUCUCAUUGGUUAUGGCACUACUGGUGGGGGUAAUGCAUCAGCUUCUGCUACCGGGUCGGGCCAUGAAGACAAACGAGGUACAAAUAUUUCUGAUAUAAAUCGCGUUACAACUGGCGGUAGACGAAAUCGUCGCGGCUAUGCAAGACAGGAAGGAAAUUUGACGCGCUUUCAUAACGAGGACGACUCAUCAAAUUCGGACGAUGAAGCGAGAUGGAACGGGAACUCAACGCAGCAGCUGUGA